CUUUCUCAUUCUCUUCCUCAUCGUUCUCAUCUUUCUCAUCUCAUCUUCCUCAUCUCCCUCAUCUUCCUUAUCUUCCUCAUCUUUCUUAUUCUUCUUUUCAUAAUGGAUAUACUUCUCAAUGUGGUCACAUCUUCUCCAGGCGCCAAAUAUGCAGCACUCGUUCUUUCUUACAUGGCUGUUGUGCGUUAUUUCCGAUAUAAGCGUAUCAAUGCUGCCCUAAAAAAAUAUCCAGACCCAACCAUUCCUCUCCGUAACUUUGAGGUCGCCAAGGAGGUCGCCGCAAUCGUAGAUGAGUUUGAUUUCCCUUACAUGAAUAUCGUUUCUCUGGAGUUUGCACUCUACAAGACCUAUGCAAUCCCCACGAUCUCCAAGAUCUUGGCUGCCACUAAGCAGUUCGAAAACAACGUUCUCAAGCGAGCUGAUGACACAUCCCUCAUGCUUCUGGAAUUGACAGAGCCGUACGCUCGUAAUCUUCGGAGGUGCAUGUUGGAGGGCAAGGAGGAUCCGAAUGAGAUAUUGAAUGAUGAGAAGCGAUAUGAAAUCUCCAUGACAAAGCUGAACUUUUUACAUGGACGAUACAAUAUCAAGCAGGAGGAUUUCCUUUAUACACUCGGACUUUUCAUAGAGGAGCCACCAUCAUUCAUUGCCCAAUUUGAAUGGAGACCCCUGACGGAGCUAGAAAAGAAUGCCAUCUUUGCUAUUUGGGCACACCAUGGAAAGAGAAUGGGCAUUAAAAACAUUCCCGAAACCAAGGAAGAUUUUAAGGCUUGGUGUGAUGAAUAUGAACGGCAAAACUCUGUUUAUGCACCGACGAAUGCCAAGAUCGCAGGAGUAACCACGGAUUUACUGCUGAGCCUCGCACCAAAAUUCAUGCAUCCGUUUGGCCGCCAUGCUGUCUCUGCAUUACUGACACCACGACUGCGUGCGGCGUUCAAGGUGGCCCCACCACCUUUGGGCGUGACCACAUUGAUCCGAGCGACGCUCAAGGCUAGGGCCCUGUUCGUCCGAUACUUCAUGCUUCCUCGUCGGCUGCCUCAUGUUCGCACAGGGGUGAGGGCUAACAGCGAGGGCAAGUAUGUGCCAGCGCAUAACAAAUAUGAACCUGUCUAUCCUAAUGGAUAUAAAGUAGAGGAUCUAGGCCCAGAAAAGUUUAUCGGUAAAUGCCCCUUUCCUACUCACCUUGUGCCAAGUCAAGAACCUGCUACACCUCUUUAUGUGCUAGACUGAGUGCACAAUGUCAUGUGGCAAUGAAAAAAGGGCGAGGAG